AUAAAAGUAGAUUUUAUUUAUACCAUCCCGCAGGAGAUAAGAAUUUAAAAAAGACUCUGGUACCAUUAUAAUGGAGGUUGAACAAGAAUAUCGUUUAGAAACCGAUAGUAUGGACAUUAAUUAUGAAUCUGAAAAUCCAUAUGAACAACAAAUGAUUAAUGAAAAAGCUGAACCUACAGAAACUGAAAGAGAAUUGGAGAAAACCGUGAAUUACCAAUUCUUAAAUUAUAAAGCAGCGGAACAUCUUAUUCAAAAGAAAUGCAAAGAGUUCGUCGAGGUACAGGAGAUUCAAAACAAUACUUCUCAAGUACUGAUUCAGAAGAAUAUGUGCCUCUUAGCACAAAUUAAGAAAGAACAAAAAAUUGUGGAUGAUUUAAAAUUCGAAGCAGAAAAAAUCAGUACUCAGGAAAUGCGAUCCAGAGAUGAAAUCGUAGAACAACAACGAUACGUUGAAAAUGCAGUAGAAAUUAAAGAAAAACUUGAAGAGUUUAUCUAUACGCUUUCAUCUAGAAUAGACCAUGUGAAUUCCACCUUAGAAGAAACAUUUGAAAAAGUUGCUAACCAGAAAGAGAUGUUCGAGAAAAAUAAGACAACAAUAUCAAAUAUUCAAUACCUUCAAAAAGCAUUGGAGGACGAGUCAAGUUUAAAAUGGGAUGAGGAUAAUUCUGAUAAGAAAGAAAAUUUACGUUUGAAACAAUUAAUUUUGGAACGAAAAAAUUAUUUAGAAACGGCAAAAGCGCGCUUCGAAGAAGGAAAUAAAACUCAAGAAUUAAACUCACAGCUUAAAAUCAAAAAAGAAAAAUUGGAGAAUAAAUUAAAAGAAUCUAAAUUAAAACGCACUGAAAUUCAAAAUGAAAUAGAACAAGUUACCACUGCUGGAAACUUUAUCCUCACGAACGUACAACAAGAAUGGGAAACACAUAAGCAAAGGAUAAUUUCUUUAGAAAAUGAAAUUUCACAAAAAAACAUCGAAAUUGCGGAUACUAUCAAAAGUAUGGAAAAAAUUGGGGAGAUUUUACGCGAGGAACGCUUAAAAUUCGAUGAAAUCCAAUCGAAAACCGCUGCUUUCAAUCAAAUUAUAGCGGAAAUGGAAACUAAAUUAAAUUCCACAUCUAAAGAACACGAAAUAGAAAUAGAUAACAUAAAAAAGAAAAUAGAAGAAGUUGAAUAUACCAAUACGUCAUUAAACAUGGAAAACAAUAAAAAGAUGGAGGAGUUGGAACAAUUAGUUCAAAUUUAUUCUACCAAAUUGGAAGAGAGAAACGCCUUAAUUAUUCAAAAGGAAACCGCAUGUAAAACCAAACAACUGAAUUUAGUAAAUAAUGAGUUGUUGGACGAACAAAUUAAAAUUUCUCAGGGAAAAAUACAAUCGGUUCAAGAACAAACGGCGAACAUAUCAUCAGAAGAGUCUAUAAUCGAGUUGGAGAAACAGAAUUCGUAUUUGGAAACUUGUAAAGUAUAUUUCGAUGAAAAUAAGAAAAUUCUCGAUCACAAAAAAAGCGAAGCAGUAAAAACUAUUGAUGGGCUCGUUAAAGAAAUUAACGGCAUCAAAAAUUCGAUCCAAGAAACAGAGAAAAAUCUCAAAGAACUUACCAAACCUCUAACGGGAAUUUUAAAGAAAGGUAAUCAAAAAAGGAACGCCUCUGUUCGUCCGAAGAUUGUCCAAUUUGUGAACAUUUCCUCUGAUGGAUCAAACGACGCGUGCACCAGCCAGCGACAAGCUGUAUACGACAAGAUAUCUGCAGAUUAUGCCAAACUUCAAGGAAAUAAGAACAAGAAGAAAUGUGGAUAAAUUUCGUUUAUUGAUUUUUAAAAUCUAUUUUGCUUUAUCAUAGAGUUCCAUUUCAUUUUGUCAUAGAAUUUAAUUUCUUUUUUUGCAACAAUUUCUGAAAAAGUAGUAAAACUUUUUUAUUUAUAUCUGUCUCAGAAUUCAUUUAAAAAUCUGUUCUAUUUUUUGUUAUAAAAUUUCAUUAAUGUUAAUUGUGAAAUUUCUAAGGAAGUAAUAUAAAUUG